AUUCGGACCACCUUAUCUCCCAUUUGGCGUAAGCCGCUGUUGACGCAAUGAGUGAACUUGAGCUGUGGGUCACUGAUUAGAGCUGACUUUCUGCGGUGCCUUAAAUAAGGCCAAGACCAAAGCCUCUUCUGGAAGCUCUCUAUCACUCAGUCGUCAACUAGAAACAGAGUCUGUUGGAGCUCAGCUGAUCAGCAUGAUGGCAGAUACCAAAUCGCCCGACUCUUGCUGUUCAAAACUCAAGAUUUAUUAUUCUUGGAAAGUUGAGUGAACAACUGUAAGAGAAGAGAGAAAGAGAAAACAAGUUUCCUUUAUAACAUGGAAAGACUGUUCCUGGUGUCCCUGUCCUUCGUCUUCUUCGCCAAAGCCUUCCAGGGGAGUUACAUGAAGAGCUCUAUCACCCAGAUCGAGAGGCGUUUCGACAUCCCUAGCUCGCUGAUAGGCGUGAUUGAUGGGAGCUUUGAGAUAGGUAAUCUGCUGGUUAUUGCAUUUGUCAGCUACUUUGGUGCUAAACUCCACCGUCCACGGCUGAUCGCCAUCGGAUGUCUGAUUAUGGCCUUAGGAUCCUUUUUAACUGCUCUACCUCAUUUCUUCCAGGACAGGUAUAAGUACGAAACAACUAUUUCACAUUCUUUUGAGUCCAAUUCUACUGAGAAGAUCCUCCCAUGUAUGGCCGGUCAGACUGAGGCAGAGGAUUCAGCGGAGGCCAAAGCAGCGUGCGAUAGGGAGUCUGGCUCCCCCCUGUGGAUUUAUGUGUUCCUGGGUAAUAUGCUGCGUGGGAUCGGAGAGACGCCCGUCGUGCCGCUGGGAGUCUCCUACCUGGACGACUUUGCCCGCGAGGAAAACGCCGCCUUUUACAUUUCCUGCGCGCAGACCAUCGGCAUCCUGGGACCUAUGUUUGGGUUCAUGCUGGGCUCUUUCUGUGCCAAGCUUUACGUUGACAUCGGCACUGUGGAUUUAGAGAGCGUGUCCAUCAAUCACAAGGACUCCCGCUGGGUGGGCGCCUGGUGGCUGGGUUUCCUGGUUACUGCGGCUGUCAUGCUUCUGGCUGGAAUCCCCUUCUGGUUCCUGCCUAGAUCCCUCCCCAAGCAGGGUGAAUGGAAGACCAAGGACAAGGGCAAGGAUGAGCACAGCGAGGCCCAACAGGAGUGCCUUAUUGUAGAGGAGAAGAGCAAUACGGACCACGAGAAGCCAUGCCUGGUGCACAUAUCAGAACUGGCCAAAGACUUCCUGCCUUCUUUGAAGAGGCUCUUCAGCAAUAGUGUCUUCUGUUUGCUCUUGGUGGUGGCGGUGGUGCAAGUCAAUAGCUUCAUAGGAAUGAUCACCUUUAAACCCAAAUUCAUGGAGCAAGUUUAUGGUCAAGCACCCUCAAGGGCCAUUUUUUUGAUUGGCAUUAUGAAUUUACCUGCUGUGGCCUUGGGGAUGAUCACAGGCGGCUUUAUCAUGAAGAAAUUCAAACUGAGCAUUUUGGGGGCUGCAAAGGUGUCCAUCUGCACCUCGCUCUGCUCAUUCCUCACUCUCCUCUUGCAGUACUUCCUGCAGUGUGGCAAUGCACAAGUGGCUGGUCUAACAGUCUCCUACCAGGGACUGAAGAAUGUCUCCUACAACCAGGAGAGCCUGCUGUCCCAGUGCAACCUGGGCUGCUCCUGUUCACUGAAGCACUGGGACCCUGUGUGCGGACAUAACGGCAUCACCUACGUCUCCCCCUGCCUGGCUGGCUGUCAAACCUCCACCAGAGCGGGCAAGGAAAUGGUGUUUCAGAACUGCACUUGUGUGGGGACCGAGUGGCCCCUCCCCAACGCGAACACCUCAGUCGUCCUGGGACAGUGCCCACGGCCCGCAGACUGUGACCACGUGUUCAAGUACUACAUGGCGGUGACUGUGCUGGGGGCCUUCCUGGUCGCCUGUGGAGUGACGCCCGGCUACAUUGUCUUUCUCAGGUCAGUUCCUCCAGAACAGAAGGCGCUGGCCCUCGGCAUACACACCCUCGUCGUCCGAUCUCUGGGUGGAAUCCCGUCCCCCAUUUAUUUCGGGGCAUUGAUUGACAGGACAUGUCUGAAAUGGGGCACCAACCAGUGCGGUGGACGGGGGGCCUGCAGGCUUUACGACUCGGACACGUUCAGGAUGACCUUUCUGGGCCUGAUCUACGGGCUGAACACCCUGUCCUACGUGCUGUGGGGCUUCAUGUACAUCAGGCUGUCCCGCAGGCAGAAGAAGCUCGCCCUUCAGGACCAGGCCAAAACCAUGGAGAUGGAAGCCAACGGACUGAGCCGGGAAGCCGGGGAUACCGUAUCCAAAGGGACCACCUGCGAGGGGAGCAAGCAAGGUGUGGACGGCACAGAGAGCAGCACGUGAACUUUGGCCGUGUGGGACCCUUGCUCUCUUCCACACCCAGAAUCUCCCAGUGUCUGUCCAAUUGUGAUAAUAUAUCCAAGUUACAUUCUGACUUCUAUCCCUGAAGUCUGACUAGCUGCUUUUCGCAUUUUCACGCUAUUCACGUUCAAUUUGAACAGCCGUGGAACAGUCUGGAAGGCCAAUAACACACCCGUUUGUGCUUUCACCCAGGUCCUCCUCAUACUGUCACUCUGUACCUUUCCCAGAUGACAAAAAUCCAAGAUCUGUUUAGCUCACUGACAUUUAGGCCAGAUAGGAAUAGACAGAGCACAUAGUUGGAUGGGUUGCAUAAACUGCCAUCUGUCAAAACUCAUUCUAACGAAAUCCCUGAAUUCCUGUAAGGCUUAUGGAUUAAAACAAACAUCAAUAUCAUUAAACAACAUAAGAGGGCAUUCUGGAACAACAGCUUUUUCCCCACAUCUCUCUGUACAUAUGUACAUCAUUCUAAUUAUAUUAAUUUGAUUAUCACUUUUUUUACUACAUGUAUCAGCAAGAAUCUAACACAGAAAGAGAAUAGAUCUAUACUAGGAUGAAUGAAUUGCCUUCAUAAUUCAUUCAUUAUUCAUUCACAGAACGUUCAGAGUAUGUUCACCAUGCAUUCAUAAAACAUUCAUAAGCAGCAUGUAAUUUUACCUUUAAUAUACAUUAAUAACAAACAUUAUAUGAUGAGAAGAAACAUUAUAAUCAUAUAAUGUUUGUUAUUAAUAUAUAUUAAAGCUCUCAGUGUAUGUUAGUAUAUUUAGGUAUACUUACAUGCUGCUUAUGAAUGUUCUAUGAAUGCAUUAUGAAGGUGUACUGAAUGUUCUGUGAAUGAUUAAUGAAUGAAUUACGAAGGUACAGUUAAUGUAAAGUGUUACUGAGAAUAGCCUAUAAAUUCAGCACACUACUGAUAUUAUACAAAACCAGUCAAAAUUUUGGAUGCACCUGCUGAAAAUCAGUUGUGUAACGACCCUAACCACACCUCCAGGGUUUGCAGGCACUGUGUUGUGACAUGUGACCUGGCCCCCCACAAUCCCCCAACCUAAACCCUAUAGAGCUGGUUUGGGAUAGGUUGGAUCAAAGAGUCAGAGCAAGGUAGCCAACUUGUAACCAACUUGUGGAAACUCCUUUAGGACUCUUGGAGAAUCAUUCCAGGUGGCUACGUGUGGAAGCUGUUUGAAAGCAGGUCAAGCGUCUGCAAUGCUGUCAUUGAAGCAAAAAGGGGCUAUUUUGAAGAGUCUUAAAUCUGAGACAACUUUGUGAUGUUAAACAUAAAGCAUCUCUUGAUCUUUGCAAUAUGUGACAGCCAAUAUAGAAAGAAGUGUAUUAGAAGCAUGUGUAUGCAGAAUUUUAGCUGGUACUGUAUGUCUAGGCGAAAUUGACACAUUUUACAGUGUCAGUGUUGGCUUUUACAUAUGAUUGGUUUUCUUGAAUAACAACCUCAGCUUUAAUCCUGUGAAAGGUGACAGAAAUGUAGGUGCUGAAUCUCCAGCUUAUCCAAAGGUCUGUACUGGAGAUCCUCAUCUUCCAGUUAUAGAUUAUAAAGGACUAUAAUCUAAAAAAUGAUUUUAAAUAAAGGCGGAAGAGAUGACAUAAAAUCUGUAGAAAAAUAUAACCACCUAUACUUUCUGUCAUGCCACGCCCCCUGAUUAUCCACGUGUGCUUCCCUGAUUGUACCCAGCUGUGUGUGAUUAUUUUCGCCCAGUCUUGUUUACUUAAGUCCUAGUCUUGCCUGUGUCCCUGGUCCGUCGUUGAUGUUCGUCAAUGUCCGUGCUUCCAGGUUCGUGGUCCCCAAUAAAUCCCCAGUAUUUCCCCGUACUUCGCUUGCUCGCCUGCUUUCUGCCCGCUUGCCUGCCCGUACGCCUUACCCGUAUCCACGGAGCGUGACACUUUCAUUAUAUUGCAAUUGUGUAUAUGUUUUAGCAAUCUAAGAGAAUACCCUGCUGUAAUUCUUUUACACUACUGGCAUUGCGUGCCUGGGUGUUAUUUCAUUUUUCAUUUUUUAUUGAGUGUUUAUGCUGCUGGUUUCUGAAUCUGGCAGAUUGUGUUCAUUGACAGCUGUACUGCAUACCCAGUGUUACGAGUGACUUUCUUUGCUAAGUUAGCUGUUCUUCUGACUCCCUGUUGCACGUGUGUUCCUCUCGAAUCGUUCUGUACGCUCAAAUAACUGUAAUGAUGCAGAACGCACAGUAGGGUGCGCCAAAAUGCUGGCUAUUAUUGUCUAGGAGCUCCAGCAGUUGCAGUGCAAAGUCAUCAAAAACAGUAGUUACAGUAAAUAAAUGCAGCUAGAACAAUAAAAAAGAAAACAAUCUGUCAAUACAACUAAAUUUAAUUAUUAAAAAUGUUUUUCUAUAAAUCUAAA